AUCACAGCCGUCAAUUCCAGAUUGACAAUGAAUCAAGAAAAAGUCAUUCAGUCCGACGGCCCAUAAUCAUCUCGGGAAAACUAGUGAAAUGAGUGUAGAGGAACAGAACCAAACUUGGUCUUCUUCACUCUAUUUUUUCAGCGAGAAAGCCGAAGAGCCAAAGGUAAGGCUUAAGCAGUUGGAAAUGGAACAGAACCCUUUUAAGCCAUUUGUGCAAUACAAUCAUGGAUUGGAUAUGGCCAACUCCACUCUAGGAUAAGUUGAAUGGUUCAUGAGCUAGGUUUGAAGAUUCCGAGUAUCGAAGUAAAGAUUACAGAAGAUAAGAAAUGGCUUUUAUGAUAUACAAUGAUGAUCAUUGGGCUUUUCUGGAAGACAUUGAGGCACCUAUGUGGGUUGAUCUCAAUUUGGAAUCUAAGUCCAAUACCCAAAUCAUCGACGAUAAGUGGUUUAACACAAGUCAUCAGUUCCACCAAUGCUCAUCUCUCCAGUUAAAGUCAGCCUUUUCCCAAUCAGGGGAAGAGAUUACUACACGCCUAGAUGUAGACCAAGCUAGACUAUCUUCACCAAACCUUCCAAAUUCUGUGUCAAAAUCAAGAGGAAAACAAUAUAAGAGCAAAAAAUGGAUAGGAGAGAAUCAGGAUUUUGCAUUUGAUAAGUCACAUCCGGUCAAGAAUCUGAGUAGGAAAUUGUCAUGUUCUGGAGCCAAAAUAAGACCCAAAGAAAGCUUUAUACAUUCGAAAGAAACAUCCACUUCAAAAUCAAGUGUAGUCUGUCAAAGCAGUUCAAGUUGCAAGGCUGUAUCUAAUUACUCUAGGUCUCUAUCCACAUGUGGGGAUCCUGGAAGCUGUUCAAGUUCUGAGGCAAACAAAGCAGUUGAAAGCAAUCCAACAAGCACCAUUACAUCUGAGAGUGGUCAGCCACAACAGAUCAAAAUUGUGGAUGUGUCAAGCCAAGCAUUUGGUCACACACGUGAUCUUUUGUCUGUUAUGAAGAUUAGUCUUAGAAAGAGUCGUGUUAUGAGACAAGCAUCAAGAGUAGAGAUUAACAAUGACGUAAAGCCAUCAAAGGGACGUAAUUCUACAUCCAGCAAGUCUAGUGUUGGAUCAUCCUCGAACCCCAGAUACAAUGUCAAGAUCUCAACAUCUACAACGACACAGCCCAAAGAAAGAACCCCAGAUAGCAGAAAUGCUGGGAGGGUGGCUAAUGUAGUCAAGAGUAAAGUGAAAUCUUCAGGCAUAGUGAACGCAUCUACCAAUAAGGUUGAAGAAGGAACAUCUAAUAACAGAAGGGUUGGAGGUCAACCUAAUAUUGGAAAGUCAAUCCGUCAGGAAGGUGCAAAACAAAAGGUUCCAUUUCGACCUGCUGGUGCUAAAGUCUUAGUACCUGCUAGAGUUAAUGAGUGGAAUUCUGUCCUUGCUGCUUCAAAACCCAAGAAGAAAACAGCACCUGCUGGAACUAAGAAGUUGGCUGGUGAUGGAAAAGAAAAUGUGUCCGUUAAAACAUCUGCAAGUCAAAAGUCCAAGAGCAAAGGUGUUGCAAGUGGAGUCAUGUUGAGUAGAGGUCAGAUUGGGACAAAACAGAAUAUUUCAAUAAAGAAUGGUGUAGCAGGAAUGGUUUCCUCAAAGGGAAAAGGCAAGGAUCGAGACAACUUGGAAAAGCCCAAGACUUUGAUUCAUAGGUUCCACUUUCGAUAGAAAGGAUAUUAAUGAUAGCAAUAAUAGCGCACUACAGCCUCCCGUGGGUUGGGGCAUGUACAGCAUAAUUCUUUAACAUAGUUUUUUAAACUUUGGAGGAAGCAUGGACUGAAGCAGCAAAUUUUUGCCCUUAGACCAAGAUUUUGUUUUUGUGGGCAACUUUUAAAUUGUGAUGAUAUUUCUCUGACCCAGAGAACUUACAAAAGCUUGCGAGUCAUGGCCUCGAUUUAUUAUUUUGUUUCGGGAAAGUUCUAAUAUUAGAAAUAUUGGAUUUUCUCUUGUGUAUAUAUUAGAUCUUGGUUUCUACUCUCUCAUUGAGCAAUUAUCUUUUUAAGAAAACUCGUAAUAUAGCUUCUACUUUCUCCACUCGGCCUGAAUUUGUAUGCCAAAACAAUAUUUGCAUUCUUGAUUGUUUGUUGAAUGAAAGCUUUCAAAUUUAGGUUU